AGGAUCAGCGCGUGCAGAUGUAUCGCACCGUCCAGACUCCACUCCCUCCGAGUGUACAUGAUCGCAUCAGCAACCGCUCGAGCCACUUGCAGCGCGCAAGCCCAACUCCAGCCCCUCAAGGGUCAGCCGGAUUCAAGCGAUUGUUCAAACUGACGAAGACCGCAGAACAGGACCUUGACGAUCACGGGCGGCGACACUACGACGGCUCUGGCUAUGAACGCGACCCACCAAGGCGAUUGCGACGCAACUCACAGGAUGAGCGACACGAAGCACCACGCGGGUCACCGCACGAAACGCGAGACACCAGGCACCGACGCGCCGCUGGUGGCGAUCCUGAUCCAAGCGAUUCAAGCAGCGACGAAGAGAGCGACUCUACUGCCCGCAGACAUCAACCUCCGCAACGCCGUCGCGCGCGAUCGCGGGAGCCCCGCAAGGUCUCAAGAUGGACGUUGUACCGACAUGGGACGGCGAUACCGCCACGCUUGCGCGAUGGAUCAUUCGCGUUAACUCCAUAGCUAAGAAGUCGGCCACUAUCCGUCAGCAACUAGGUAUGGUAGUACCUCAAAGGUUGACAGGCGACGCUGAGAUAUGGUACUUUUCCCUCCCAGAGCAUGUACGUGAAGCGUGCGAACAGGACUGGGAAUAUAUCCGCAAUCAGAUCGGCGACUACUUCAUGAACAGGUCGUGGAUGGAGAAGACCAGGAAGCAAGCCCUCGCCAUACGAUACAGGGACAGUGCGUGCCCACGCGAACUCCCGAGUCAGUAUUUCAUCCGUAAGCGUGAAUUGCUCGAACUUGCAUACGAGAAUUCCGAAAGCGAGCUCAUUUCCGACAUCAUGGCAGGCGCCCCGCGAGUUUGGAACACGAUUCUCACCCCCCGCAUCUAUCGAACUACUUCGGAGCUCCAGCAAGCCAUUAAGCUACACGAAGAUGAUCUACUCGAGAUGGAGAACCUCCUCCCUGAACGUCCGGCUUGA